AUGGAUGGCAAGUCGCAGGAGUUGCGCAGCCAGCGGCGGGUUUCUGGCCACCCAAUCAACACUCCCCGCGGACCGAACGCCAAAUCUCAAGCCACUGCGGCACGGCGGACGACGUCGCUGUCGAGUUCCACCGUCUCCGUUUCGCGCAAGCCCCGCCGGAUACCCACGGCGGAAGAGCUUAUAGCGGAGGACGAACCAACGCCUGCGGAGGAUUUUCCGAAUGACGCUGUUGUCUCACAGACCGCUUUGGGAGACAAUCCCAACAAACGCGAAGUGCUCUACCGUAGCGGCAAGCGGGAGAUUCACUACGCAAACGGCACGCGAAAACUGAUUCUUCCCUCUGGUCAUGUGGUUCUCUACUUCACAAACGGGGACAUUAAGCGUACUUUUCCGUCGGGGAAGAGCACCUAUUGGUACGCCGCCGCGCAAACGACUCACACUCAAAAUGCUGACGGUGUGCAGGUUUUCCAGUUUCAUUCCUCUGGCCAGAUUGAACGACAUCUGCCAGAUGGCAAGAAGGAGAUUCUCUACCCUGACGGUAUCUACAAAGUAGUUUUCCCCGACGGACGUGAUGAGACGAUAUUUCCUGACGAAAUGUGA